UCCAGAGAAACAGAUUUGUCGAUAACGGUAAACAUGUAUUUUAUGCAUGAAUAACUUUGAAUCACGUGAUUUUGUUGUUUAUAUUUUUGCGCAUAAACGGCAACAGACUCCACCGAUCUUUCGGCACCAAAUUAACGACACGUGCCUCAAAGGAUGAGGAAAGCAUGUACGUUUUACAUACCUACUUAGGAAGUAUCUUUAUGAUUAGUACGUAUGGUCAAUUUAUACCUGUAGAUUUAUUUGCACAAGUACAAGCAUCUCAAGCAGCUACACAACCACCACAUCAAGAUGUUUCUACAAAUUAUAGUUUUGUGAAAGAAAUGUGUAAAGAAAGAUUACAUCGUAUGGAUUGGAAAGAAAUUUUAAAACCUUGUGAAGGAAAACUAACGUUUGGAUCGAGUUUGUAUUCAACUAACAGAACCAGUGUGAAUUAUAGUUACAUUACAGAUAAAGCUAUACGAAAUACGGGCGAGUAUAGUAGUUUCAAAAUAAAAACUCACAAUACGUAUAACUCGCCAAAAACAUACGGCGGGGAUACUUGGCGAGUGUUUAUAAAUGGACCAGCUUAUUUUGAGCCGUAUGUUUAUGACUUGAACUCCGGCGAGUACGAAGUAACGUUUUUAAUAUUAGAUUCUGGUACAUACACCGUAAAUAUUGUAUUGGAAGGAACAUUGUGUAGCUCCUUUGUCAACCCUCCCCAUGAUUGGUUCAAAAAAGGUGAUUUUAACGGACAUUUUCAAAAUGAGUGGCAAUACAAGCAGUGGAAAGGAUGGCCUUACUUACUACGAGAACGCAUGUGGAGACCAUUAACUAAUUUUACUAUUAAUGUCCAACCAGGGAAUAGAAUUGACAUUAGACGUAACUUGCAACAUCUAAAGAACUGGCAAAACACAUGUGGUUUAACAAAAUGUAAUUUCUUAACUGAUGGAAUGGGCAGGUGGAUACAGAAUACGUGGAAGCCUUUUUCUAAUUACGUAGCUUCAUCCAAUCUUACAAAACAGCACCGCCCACGACGUCGUAAAGGAGUUUUAUGGGUAUAUGGAGACUGUUAUGCAUAUCAUUUUUGGCAGAGUAUUCAAAACACCACAUUAUGCACGAAAGAAUUCAAAAAGUGUAAAAGUACGUAUAACUGGAUAUAUCCAAGAUGGAAUCCUGAUCCAAAGAAAGACAAAUCUAUUCAUCUACAACGCCAUUUUCAAAUCGACUUACCAUGGCUAGUUGGAUAUUUUAAAAAAGUAUUAAGUAGAUCAGAACUGAACAACAAAGAAAGCGCCAUGUUUUUAAAUCUAGGUCUGCAUUUUAUACGUUCUACGUCAUUUCAAAACUAUCAAACGUUAAUACGUAAAUAUAUUUCUGUAAUAAAGUCUCAUAAAACGAACAUCAUAUGGAGAACCACCACAGCAAUUUACAGACCAGAAAAAAAAGUACAUAAACGAUUUCAAACAUAUCAGCGUGCAUUAUUAUUCAACGCAUUUUCGAUGGCAACUAUGUGUAGCGCCGGUAUUCCAAUUGUUGACGUGUUUCCGAUGACGUCGUCAUAUCCGCAUAAACCAGAUGAUGGUAUUCAUUACAAUAUGAAUUUAUUUAAACCAAUCCAGCAUGCAUUGCGUCAAUACUACCGUUUUGUUUAGUCCACUAACAGAAAUUAUAAUUCAAACGUGAUGUGGAAUUGUUAACCAUGUUGUAGCGUUCAUA